AUGAAUGUCCUCUCCAAGCUCUUGGACAAGGCAGCAAGUGUUAAGGAAAUCGGGUAUCAUCCUAAGUGCCAAACCAUCGGCCUCACUCAUCUUAGCUUCGCGGACGACAUUAUGGUGCUAACUGAUGGUCAGAUUCGAUCAGUAGAAGGAAUAAUCACAGUGUUUGAUGAGUUCUCGCGUAUGUCUGGUUUAAAGAUCAGUAUGGAAAAGUCCACCAUUUUUCUUGUUGGGGUCUCUGAAACUGUAAAACUGCAGAUGUCCACACAAUUUGGAUUUGAAUCAGGUUCGUUUCCAGUAAGAUAUCUUGGUCUCCCUCUCUUGACAAAGCGUAUGUCCCCCACCGACUACUUGCCUCUGUUAGAGAAGAUCCGGCAGAAAAUAACAUCUUGGAAGACAAGACCUCUUUCUUUUGCAGGAAGACUCGCUCUCAUCAAUUCAGUCCUUAUGAGCUUGACCAACUUCUGGCUGUCGGCUUUUAAGUUGCCAUCAGCGUGUUUAAAACAAAUUGAGCAACUUUGCUCUGCUUUUCUGUGGUCUGGCCCUAGCUUGAAUCCCCACAAAGCGAAACUAUCGUGGACUGAGAUUUGUAAGCCGAAAGCGGAAGGUGGUCUCGGUCUCCGACCGCUGAAAGAGAUCAACAUGGUUAGCUGUCUGAAAAUGAUAUGGGUCUCCCUGCCCACGCAACAGUCGCUGCAGCACUCUAGACGAAGAAUUCACAGAGCCGAGCACCUGCAGAUGAUCGAAAACGUGAUCACAGAGUACAGAGGACGUGUAAUGCACGGUACAGCAGACAUACCUCUUUGGAAACACUCAAACGACGUUUACAAGCCAUCCUUCAGUUCGAAGAAGACAUGGGUGCAGUUACGAGAAGCUGGACCUGUAAUGGACUGGCACAAGGGAAUUUGGUUUUUCUCACGCAACACCAAAGUUCUCCUUUUGUGCCUGGCUAGCAAUCCAUGA